GAAUAUCACUGAGCCACGUUUUGUGACGAGAUAGUAGAAAGGCUGAAGGUAACAAGUCGUACCGUUGAAUCGGAUGCCGACGACAAUGGGGCGAGGACCUAAUCAGCGCGGCUACCAACGUCAUUCGAGACGAAGCCUCAGAUAUUGAUAUCUUAGCAUGUUGUGGACGAUCAAGUGUAGGUUUGGAGAUAAAAGAACGUGUCCCGUCUAGAUUAAGUCUAUCGUUUUCAAGUACAUAGUUCCUACAACAUCCAUCCUAAGUUCAACCGAAGCAAAAGUCUCUCCAGUCUCGACCAUUCAAUCACUCAGUCCUUUGCCAUCCAACCAUUCAUACAAGCGUUCAUCUACUUUCCAAGCUCUAAAAUCCACCAUGUCUACCACGUACCUCGCCGCCCGGGACGAUGUCCGCGACCCUAACAACCCAAAAUGCUACACCAACAGCCGCGGCGACUACAAAUGCGACAAGAACUCUGCCUGGUGGUCCUGGGGCCGCUGGCUCAUCUUCGGAAUCAUCGCUGCCCUCGUCAUCAUCGCUAUCCUGGUUAUUCUCCGCCUCUACGCCCGCCGCCGCAUCCGCCGCGGUCAACAACCCAUCGCCGGCACCGCCUGGAUCGCCGGCAACCCCAAGAACGCGCCGCCCAAGGACAUCGCAUCGUCGAUUGAGAGCGGGUCGCGACAGGGCACAGGGUACGGAAACUCGCCGUAUGGGCAGUCGACGUAUGGAAACCAGGGACCGCCGGAGUAUCCGUUGCAGGGGCGGAAUUAGG